ACUCAAAAUGUACACGAAAGUCCACAGCUAAGUACAAUUAAAUAACCUUAAAUUAUGAUUUUAUUCAAAAAAUUAACGACUAAAAGGACAUUUUCGCCGGUUACAGCGAGAAACAACCGCGUAUCUUGAUCGGUCGUCCAUUGCUUUUGUCUGAAGCGACUCGACACACAAGUGGCGAUUAGCUGCGCUGUGAUCGAUCUGUAUACAGCUGAGCGGUUAGCCUGAUGCUAAGCGCAGCCUCGGAGACGGUCCACAUGCUGUUAGAUCCGCUAAAGCUGCGCUCCGUCGUCCGCUUGUGUCCGAUGUUCAGUUUAGUUCGUGUUUUCCUGUCAAAGUCACUCACAGUUUGUCCGUUAUGGCGUUUUCUGAAAAAUGGAAGUAGUGUCCAGCCUUGUGUCGCUCACCGUCACGAAGGUUUUACAGUUUUCCGGGCUGGUCGACAAGAAGGAUGUCCUGAGGAGCCAAAAGAUGGAGGAGAAAGCUUUGGAGGUUUACGAUGUUAUCCGCUCGAUCCGGGACCCGGAGAAGCCCAACACGCUGGAGGAGCUGGACGUGGUGACGGAGAAAAGUGUGGAGGUGCAGGAGAUCGGGGAGGACGAGUACCUCAUCAUUAUCAGGUUCUCCCCAACUGUCCCGCACUGCUCUCUGGCUACUCUGAUUGGCCUGUGUCUACAAGUGAAGCUGCAGCGAUGUCUGCCGUUCAAACACAAGUUGGAAAUUUACAUCUCUGAAGGAACCCAUUCUACCGAGGAGGACAUCAACAAGCAGAUCAACGAUAAGGAGCGCGUGGCGGCCGCCAUGGAAAACCCCAACCUGAGAGAGAUCGUGGAGCAGUGUGUGAUCGAGCCCGACGACUGAGCACAGCCGCAGCCUCAUCCAAUCACUGGUGUGUGUGUGUGUGUGUGUGUGUGAGUGUGUGUGCACCCACAGUGCCUGAGGAUGCUCCUUAUUCCUGAUUACUUCUUGCUCUGACAGCAGACGGAGGCUCCUGGCCUCCCUGGGAGCUGAUUGGACGGUUUCGGAUGGCUUUGGAGAGCCUCCAGAGACACUCGGCCUUAUUUUUCACCGCAGUGACUAAACGGCACGGUGGAAGCUGGCACACACUGAUAGAAACUCAUCGCAAUACCUGUCAUUCCCUGGCGGACGGCCCGGCAGUAAACAGCAGCAGGACUCUGGUUGAGCCGCUGCAGGAACGGGAAACGCCUCCGUCCCCCUUCCAGCUCGUCGUCUCUCUGUCUCGCUCUCCUCCAUUCAUGCUGGGUGUCACUCGCCCCUGGAUCCAUCAGCUGUCAAACUGUUAAAUCAUCCUCUCUUGUCCGGACAGUUUUAGAAACCUGUCUUUUUGUAAUUGCACUGAUCAGAUGAAUCUCUGAUUAAUGUCCAGUGAGUAAAAUAUGAAUCUUUUAGAUGUCCUUUUUUUUUUUUUUUUUUAACAGAUAAUGUAAUAUAAAGAGGUAAAGUGAGUAUUAAAGGUUACAUUGUCUAGA